AUGAUUGAAAUACCUGAUUUAGACGAACUAUCUCUAGAGUCCACUUCUAAUAUCGACGACACUUCUACCGGUGUUCAGUAUCAACAACAACAAAAUCAACACCACCAAAUAGAUCAUCAGCAGUACGUCAAUGGAAUACAAAAUCAGGAUGAUCAAAUAAAUUCAGAUUCCAUACAAGAAGAACGAGAGUACCACCACGCAUACUCAAAUGCUCCUAGUAAACAAGAAAAUUCAUCAAUGGGACCAUCAUUUGUGUCGAUUCCAGAGGUAGGUUCACGGCUCACAUCUGAUCCAUUAAAUGACACGAUUGCACUUUAUAAUAAAGCUUCUAGUCCAUCUUUAAAUAAUAUAGAUCGAGCUCCUGAAAUCCAAGAUGUAUCAUUUGAAAAGAUAGAAUAUCGUACACUUCAAGAUUUUGGUACUGAAAAUGUAAACGACACGAUGACAAUAUCUGAUUCAGUAAACCAUAGCAGGUCACAGUCCCAACGUAGUAGUGAGGGACAUAUAACUACCCAAACUUUACAAGCAGCUCCCAGAAUGCAAUAUUUUAACGGUCCUACAGAUUCAUUUGAUGGACAUGCCCCACCCUCUGGAUUUUCAUUUAUUUCAAACCGGAUCAAUGAGCAUACAACCAGUUUUAGAUUGCAAGAUCCUCCAAACAUCAAAGCAACUGCUAUAUCAAGAGGGCAUCCCCUGCAAGAAGAUGAGACAUUAUCAGAUGAUUUAGAAAAUGAAUUCGGGGAAAACAAUGAUCAACUCGGACAAUUGAUUGAUACACCAAAUCCUGCAUCACAUACAGUAAAAGGCACCAGAUUACAAAUAUCACAACAAUUAGCCUCUCCAAUCUCAGUUAUUCCACGUGACCACACGGAACCAUCACCACAAUUGCCACCUCCAUUAACAUCAAGUUCGUUACAGAAGCUUACAUUCAAUAACGGGGAAGAGUUUGGAUCAAUACGAAGAGAAUUAGCAACUGACGCGAAAACCCCAGCAGAAUAUACUUUGCAUAUAGUAUUCACUCAAUUUGUAAGACAUGCAGAACGUAAAUUGAAUCAAUGCUUAGAAUAUCCAUUGAAUGAAGAACCACCAAUAGUUGAUUUAAUUGCAGAAGGAGCUGACAAACAAUUUGAUAAAAUCGUAAGUUCAUUAGGAUAUAUUGCUCGCCGAAAGCCAAAGCCAGUAAUUGAUAGUGUUAUGUUUUGGAGGAAAUCAAAAAGUGAAGUUGCAACCAUGGCUGCCAAUGAAGUUGAACGUACAAUAGAAUUAGCAAAAUCCGGCUUAAUGAAAGUUUCAAAUGUGAAUUUCCCACCUUCAUCGUUAGAUUCAAUGUCAACACAAACAUCAUCAAUUGUUAUAUCACCUGCAAAUCCUGGAAUAGCCAAGAAUGUAAAUCCAAAAGGAAAAUCAAAGCGCAGUUUGAGUCUAAUGAGGAGUAAAAGUUUUUCCAAAGUUGGUGUACAUCGCCGAAAUCAAUCCGCAUCAUCAGCAGUCCCACAGAAAUCACCAGAAGAUAUUGGCAAUGAGAAUAACAAUGAAUUUAUUAAACAGAAGAACUAUUUUGACGAACAAAUUAAUCAAGCAAGGGAGACGGCGAUUCAAGCAGAUCGAAAGUCAUUGGCAUCCAUAUAUAUCCUAUGCAGAGUUUUAAUUGAAGUUGUAAAGCAAACAUCAUUUGAAGUCAUGGGUGAAGAUCUUGGCGAUAAAUUGGAAGAAAUUGUCUAUACUCAAUUGAAGACCACGGAUCCAGUAAGUACAAGUCAAUCAUUGGUCAGAGCAGCAAAUUGGAGUUUAUUUGCAGAGUUACUUGGAUUUAUGUCGGAAAGGAGAUUUCUUGGUGUUAGUGAUCGGUUUAUUGCGGAUUUAGAGAAAGUUGAUGAUGGAAAAAAGACAAUACAUCAAGAAGAACAAAAGUUGCGAUUGUUAAUCAAUGGAAUGAGAUAUUUAAAACUAACUAAUUAUCCCCUUGAAGCAUUUGAAGAAACUGCUGAAUUCAUUAAAUCAUUGGCUAAAUUUUUUGAUCAAUCAAUUAAUGAGGUUAUUCUUUGUGCAUAUUGUGAAGUAUUAACUAGCUUGUUAUUACCAUUGGGGAAUAUCUUGACUGCAGAAACGAAUCAUCCAACUUGGGUAGAAGGUAUUGAGAGAAUUUAUGAGAAGAGUAGAAGAAUAUGGAGACUAUCAAUGAUCACAAAUACAUAUGGACCAACCAGUGCAUCUCCAAGUACAACAACAACACCCACUGCGUUCCCAGCCAUAUGCAUGGACUCGUGUGACAAUGCUUGGGCUCACUCUUUAACGUUAAUGGUUGCCGCAUUGUCUGUUUCAAGAAAAGAAUUAUUUUCAGAAGUCUGGUAUGAUAUCAUUGAAGAGAAUCAUUUCAAAUUGAAAGGAAAGGAUGAAACGUUGUACGAUAAAAUAACUUAUAUCGAGUGCAUUACUAGAUUACUUUGGGUUUAUAUUAAUCGCUUACCGGAUUCAUUGAAUAAUACCAUCAAGAAACUUGAUUCAGUUUUUGACUUGUUACUUUUCAAUCUUCCGUCCUCCAGUAACAAGAAAUACCAAUGGUUGACUUCUGAUAUUCGGUUGAUUAAUUCGUUGGCUGAAUUGAUUAAAAUUGUGGGCUACAAUCACUUGAAUUAUACAUUGGACAAUGUUUUACUCAAACUCUUGAAAUUGAGCUUUAGUGGUUCAACUUUGGAAAAUUCAUCGCCCGAGAAGUUAAUUUUGGUUACGAAGAGUUAUUUAUCAAUAUUAAAAACCUAUGAAUUGGGCCAAAAACCAAAAUUCCCCACCGAAGAUAAUAGCAAUCAAGAAUUUGGAAUAGAAAAAGUCAUGUUGACAAGAAUGAAUGAAUUUAUGUUUAUUGCCAAAAAUACAACUAAUGCGGCUUCCCAUGAAGAAAUAUGUCGUAAUAUUGCGGCAUUAUUAUUAUUAUUGGAUCAACAAUACGGAUGUGCUAGUGGAGGUGCACCCUCGUCUGCGAAUGGAGGAUUAUCCGCCAAGUCUCAAUCAGCAUUUAAUUUCCACUUUGGUUACGAUUUCACUUCAUCAACUGAGAAGGCAAGUAGAUAUUUACAAAUUGAGUUGUUUUCCACUAUCAUUGAAGCAAUUCCAUGGACUAUGGCUCCAAUUCAAGGGGAAUCAAAAUCGUUGUGCGGUUUACCAUUUAAACAGAUUGUGGAAAUUUUAACUAGGAAUUCAAUUCAUUCAAAUCCAAGAAUCUCUAAUUCAGCGGUUUUUUCGUUGAAAAUGUUGGCAGCUAGAAAAAAUCCAACUUGUUUGUUAUCUGUGUUUGCCAAAAAUUCAUUUCAGUUAUAUGAAAAGACAGAUGGAUCUGGAUACAAUGCCGAAUAUUUGAACUCUAGAGAGUAUAUCCGAUUAUUAAGAUUAUAUACAGAGUUGUUGUCUUGUUGGCUAAGCCUGUAUCAAAUAAUGGCCAAAGCGGAAAAGCUGAACAAAAAUAGAAGAGAUAAUAUGGAUGAUGAUGAUAAUGAUCAAUUGAUGAAUAAAGACGUGUUAAAUGACUUAUAUCAAAUUAAUCAUAAGAGUGAAGAAUUAUCAAGUAAUGACGCAAUCAACAACAAAAUGUCGACAGGUGAAGAUUUAGAAUGGCAGAUUAUUAUCACACUAGUGGAAGAGAUUGAAGGUAAUGGGUUAUUCUUUUUAUGUUCACAGGAUCCGAAGAUUAGGUUUUAUGGUAGUUCAAUUUUGAAAUUAGUGGACCAAUUUGAUCAAGCAAUUUAUAACCUUACAGACUCGUCGUCACCAAAAGCAUCAAGAAAGCAUUCUAGAACUUCUUCGAAAUUCGCUGCUGAUUUUGGAACCAGAUUAAUUCAUGUUUUAGAAGAUACUGAUUUUAUGGAAUUGAUUAAACCAUUCAGAAAGGAAUUAAGUUUACCUGAACGUCAACGGUUGGCAAAGAUUAAAAACAAGAAGAAUAUUUUGAUAAGAUUAGCCGAAUCCGAUUAUGGAAUCGAUUCAACUAUUUGGUUUAGAGUAUUUCCUCGAAUGUUAGAGAUAUUUUUCCAAAGAUGUCCAAUGUCUGUGGCUUUAUGUCGAAAUAUGGUAUGUGUCAGUUUAGUUCAAAUGCAUGAAGCAAUCUUUGAAUAUUCCGAAAGCUUUAAAGCAAACACCAUUACAAGUUCGUUAUUUUCCUCCUCGAAACUGAAUCAACAAAAUGUGACAAGCACCUCUGUGCCUCCUGAACUAUUGGUAAUUCAAUGGAAACUAUAUUUGAUAUUUGCAUGUAGUACAUUAACAGCUACUCAGGAACAAAAGAUUUCAUUUCCCACUCAACCUAUUCACGGAAGGAAAAGAUCACUACAAAUGUAUAUCCAACAUCAAAAAAUCACGAGUGCAAAAUCUGUAUUUAGAAUGGUGGUGCCAUUAUUGAAAUCACAACAAGUAAUGAUUAGGGAAGCAAUAAUAUCCGCACUAAGCCAUAUGAACAUUAAUAUUUUUAAGACGUUUUUAGAAAGUAUUCCAUUGUCUAUGAGUGAUUGGAAUUGUAAUGACAAGAAGCGGGAUAUAGUGGAAGAUAGAUUAAGAAUUGAAAUUGUACACAUUCUAAUGGAUUUAACAAGUAAGUUCUCAAGUGAUAAUUCUAUAUAUUCCGAUCAAUGGAUUGUUGAAAAUUUAGUAGCUAUUGUUAAAUGUGUGAAGACAUUCUUGUCAAUGCCAAAUGUUCAAGUGGAUAUUGGUUUUCAACGCCUUCGUCGUUAUUUCUGUGGGUUUUUAGAAAAUGUGUAUGUUGGUUUGCGGGAUAAAUCAAGAUCGAAUGUUGAUAGAUGGCUACCAUUUGAAGCAAGAUUGGGUUGUUUCAAUUAUUUGAAAGAAUGGUGUGGUAUAGGAGAAUCAAAGGCGAUAACUGAGGAUAGAUAUAAGAUGAUUGUCAGGAAUAUUAAUCAGCAAAACAAAGAUGUAGCUGUUGACGUCGCCAUUUUAGACCUUGAAAAGAAAAAGCUUCAGCUUCAAACUUUAAGUUGUAUGGCAGUUUUGUGUUCUGGUGAAAUAAAGCAACAAAUUGAAGUCUCUCCGGGGGUUAAUUUAGGAGUUGUAUCAUUUGAUAUACCUGGUAUAUUACUGUGGAUUCAUAAAUUACUUGAAUCUGAACGACCUGAGAAGAAGAUUAAUGAAUAUGGGAAAGUUGCAUUGAGAAAUAUUUUGGAGAAUAAUUUUGACAAUGAAGAUAUAUACAAUGAGGUAGUUAAGGAAUGUUAUUAUUGCUCUUCCGGAAAUGAUGGAUGUAAGACAACUGAAAGUUACUUUUGUAUAUUUGUGGACAUAUUUAUGAGAAAGCAUAAAAGCAUUGAAGAGGAGCUUCCAAAUGAUUUAGUCAGCUUAGCUAGUUUCUUAGUUGGUCAUAAUAAUAUUGAGGUCAGAUCUGCUGCAAUUGAGUUGUUGAAAUAUUUGGAAGAGUUAUACCUUAAAUCCAGUUCAUUAGGGAGAUUUUCUGAAGCGGUGAUCAGUCGAACCCAAGUUGUUUACAAGAAGGCGAUGUUUGAUAUAUCCAGCCAUUUGAGAACUUUGGCGCAAACAGAAAAAUCUUCAUUUAUUAGAAUUAGCUACAUGACAAUGUACUUCAGUAUAGUUGGAAAUGCGUCAAGACGAGAUAUAUUAGCUUGCUUGCUUCCAUUAGUUCAAAAUGUGGUGUUGAAGUAUGAAGAGGCCCCAGAAGGUAUAGUCACGGAGAAGAACCCCCCAGUUGAUCCCAAAUUGGAUACGCCUUCGUUAAUGGUACUAAGCAAUUUAUUUGAAAUUACAGUCAAGUUCGGUUCUAAGAUCUCAAAUGAAGUUGAAGCAUUAUGGGUUUCACUUGGAAGCAAUGCAGCAAACUUUGAUAAAAUUAUUGAUUUCAUUAUGAAGAAUUGUAUUGAGAGAAAGAAUCCAACCUUUGUGCAAUAUAGUAGACAGAUAAUAGACUACUUGACUUAUUCCAGGUCAGAUCCGUUAUAUGUGAUUGAAAAGUUUGUCAACAAUUUACAGCCUAAAAUGAUGGUUCCGCCACAUUCGCUGGUGAUCAGGGUUUCACUUUCUGACGCUAAUCAUGAUUUUGCAUAUGUGGCAGAUUUGUCAAGCGUUAUACCAAAAGCUGAAAAGGAUUCUGUAUUCUCAUUGGGACAGUUAUCGAUGAUAUUCUUGGUUGAUUUAUUUACUACAAAACGUGACAUCAUGGUUGAGAAACUUCCAUUGUUGCUACACAUUGCAUUUUCAUUAUUGGAUCAUUAUUUGCCUGUUGUUCAAGAACAAGCAUGUUCAUUAUUAAUUCAUUUGAUACAUGCAUUGGCAAUAGACGAGCCUAAGGCACAAGAGACUAUUGAUAUUUUGAGACUGAAGGAUCAGGUUAAGAAUUUAUGGGUAUAUGACGAUUUAAACAACGACAAGAAAGGGGCUAGAACUCCAAAGAAUAUGGAUUUGCUAGUUCGAAAUGUAUUGAAAGUGUUUGCGAAAGUAACACCUACGCUUCAGGAUGAUUGGAGUCGAGUAUCUUUGCAUUGGGCUACAACUUGUGCUGUAAGGCAUAUUGCUUGUAGAUCCUUCCAGUUGUUCAGAUCGUUGUUGUCAUUUUUGGAUCAAGGUAUGUUGAAAGAUAUGUUGCAUCGUUUAUCUAAUACGAUUUCAGAUGAGACUGUGGAUAUCCAAGGAUUCGCUAUGCAAAUUUUGAUGACAUUGAAUGCUAUUACCGCAGAAUUGGAUUCAGAAAAAUUGAUUGAUUUUCCACAAUUAUUUUGGUCGAGUGUUGCUUGUCUUAGUACUAUCCAUGAACAAGAAUUUAUUGAGGUAUUAUCAACUAUGAAUAAGUUUGUUUCGAAGAUCGAUUUAGAUGCACCUGAUACCGUAUCAUGUUUGAUUUCUACGUUUCCACCAAAAUGGGAAGGAAAAUUUGAAGGAUUGCAACAAAUCGUAUUGGUGGGUUUACGUUCUGCCACUUCAUGGGAACCUUCGUUGAAGUUUUUGGAUAAAUUGAUUUACUUAAAGGAUAGUGAAAUCAUUGGCAAAGGAGAUUCCAGACUUCUAAUGUCUGUUUUGGCAAAUUUACCUCGUUUCUUACAUGAGUUGGAUAAGAAGGCAAUUAGUGUUGAAAUUCAAAAUGCGGCUUUAGCAAUUAGUAAAUUGGCAGAUAAUGCGAAUAAAGUAGGUCUUUCAAAGAUUUUAGUUUCGUUGUCGAAGAAUAGAUUUAGGUCAAAGAAAGAUUUCUUAGUUCAGACAGUUUCUACCAUUAAGAAUUCAUUUUUCCCAGAAUUUGAAGCCCAAACGUUAGUAUUAUUAUUAGGAUUAUUAUCGAACAAGAUUCCUUGGGUUACUUUGGAAACCAUGAGUAUAUUGAAACAUGUUUUCCCAUUAGUUGAUUUGCAAAGAGACGAGUUUGUUGGUGUUGGUGCAGAUUUAAUUUCUCCGUUGUUAAGGUUAUUAUUAACUGAUUUUGCAGAGCCUGCGCUUGAAGUGUUAGAUGAAGCAGUUAUUAUUUCUGGGUCCCAACUUGAUCGAGAUGUUUUGAGAAUGAGUUUGGGUAGUACUGCUAUGAAGAAAGAAUAUGAAAAUACAGCAACUUUAUUUGGUAUUCCUGAUGAGAGUGGGUGGUCAAUACCUAUGCCUGCUGUAACUGCAGCAAGCACUCGAAACAAUGUUCACGCAGUAUUUUCUACAUGUGUUGUUACUACUGUGGUUGACGAUGAGAAUGACGACCAGGUUAAUAAUGAAGAAAUUCAAUUCCACAUGGAAGAUUAUUACUCGCAUGCUGCUGGGCCAACUGAUUAUGGAGAUGCCGUAUCGGUAAGUGUUGAAGAAAAAGAGGCUUCAUUAAGUAAUGUUUGGGCAGCUUUAGAUGAUUUUGAUUCAUUUUUCACUAAGGAUACUGAACCCAAUAUUUCCGGAGGUCGUCAUAUUGGUCCUCAUCCAUUAUCUAGUCACAUUCAUAGUGCAUCUGUUGAUACGAAGUAUAGUGCUACCAGUGAUGUCCUGCUGCCCAUGGAAUCUGCUCCUAAUGUUUAUGAUAAGAAAGUCUCGGUUAUUUUGAAUAGAAGUUUGGCAAGGACGCAAUCCAACGCGUCGUUUAAGACUACCUUGGCUGACUCUAUUGGAAGUAAUAAUUACGUGAAUACUAAUAAUGCUUCAAUUGCCAAAAGGUCCUAUAUUCCAUUUAGAAAUAGAAAUACUCCAAAGUCUAGAGUUGAUCAAUUUUCAACGCCAAUUAUGCCGCUAACGCCAGUAUUUGAUCAGCAAACACUUACUGAUCUCAAAACUCCGACUGUGACAACACCUGGAACAUUUACUAUGUCUGCAACUCCAUCGAGUGUAAUUCCAGAAUUUUCAUUUGAGAACCCAACUAGAUUCGAAGGUCUUCUAGGAGGGAAGAAGAGGUCGAAAAGAACUGUAGCUAAGAACUCGCCAAUUCCUUCUUCGUCAGGUCUGAAUAUUUCACCACUGGAAUUGAUGAAUACCAACUUUAGAAGUCCAAAUAUAUUAUCAUCAGCGUUGAAUACUACUCCAGAACAACAAACUCCGUCAUUGUCAUCCAAUUCUUCAAAAGAUAAAAGAAAGGCUUCUCAAAAAUUCCGUUAG